AUGCUUAGUGAACAUCACUUUUCCGAGGCCUCUCAGACGGUGGUGCGCCUGGCACAAAGUGGUGCAGCCACAGAGGCCUCUCAGGAGCUAAUGGAGGCCUUGGCAUCGCGGAAGGCUGUCACCCGCGAGGCCUUCGAAGCGCUGAUGGCGCAGCUGGCCACCGCCGGACAGGCGGAGGAAGCCAGCAGUUGGUUCCAGCGGAUGAUUGCCAACGGCUUCGAGCCAGGUGUGAAGUCCUGUUGCGCUGUGGUGGAUGCCUGGGCUCAACGAGACCCUGAGAAGGCACAAGAGAUCUUGGAACAAUUCGAGGCCGAGGGGCGUCCCUUGGAUCGUUUCGCCUACACCUCGGUGCUGGGCGCCUUUGCCGACGCGGGCAACUGCGAGCGGGCCGAGGCACUGCUUGAGAGAGCGGACUCGCAAGGGCACCGAGGUGAUGUGGCGGCAUACAACGCUUUGCUGAAGGGUCUGGUGCGGAAACGAGACUUCGAGCCACGCGUGGAGCGCUACCUGCAGCAGAUGCGGCGAGCGCGGCUAGCGCCGAACGAGAUCACAUACACCACCAUCCUGGGCGCUUCUGCUGAGCGAGGCCAAGAGGCUCAG